CACAGGCCCUUCCCGCGGGCAGGGAUCGGCCUCCCCAGCGCGCCCGGGAGCGGCGGCACUUCCCUUCCCGCGGUCUGGAGCCGAGUCAGAUUUUUGGAAACUUGCAGAUCUGCUAUAGGCAACAAGUUUAACCACUGUAGUGAUUGAGGGCUGAGAAAUGUAAAACCUCCACAAACAGUCUAGGAAACCAGGAGGAUCUUUUCCCAUAACAAUGGCAGCAAAAUCAUCACUCCUUAAAGUAAUACUGCUAGGAGAUGGUGGAGUUGGGAAGAGUUCCCUUAUGAACAGAUAUGUCACCAACAAGUUUGAUGCCCAGCUGUUUCAUACAAUAGGUGUGGAAUUCUUAAAUAAAGAGUUGGAAGUCGAUGGACAUUUUGUUACAAUGCAGAUAUGGGACACGGCGGGUCAGGAACGGUUUAGGAGCUUGCGGACUCCUUUCUAUAGAGGUUCAGACUGUUGCCUGCUAACCUUUAGUGUGGAUGACUCUCAAAGCUUCCAAAACUUAAGCAACUGGAAGAAAGAAUUCAUUUAUUAUGCAGAUGUCAAGGAACCUGAAAGUUUUCCAUUUGUGAUACUGGGUAACAAAGUUGAUAUCGAUGAAAGGCAAGUGUCUACAGAGGAAGCCCAAGACUGGUGCAGGAAUAAUGGCAACCAUCCCUACUUUGAAACCAGUGCAAAAGAUGCCACUAAUGUUGCAGCAGCCUUUGAAGAAGCUGUUAGAAGAGUUCUAGCCUCUGAAGAUAGAUCAGAUCACUUUAUUCAAACAGAUACGGUAAACCUUCACCGGAAACCGAAACCCAGUUCAUCUUGUUGUUGACUUAAAUUUUUUUUGCCAAAUUACUGUUGACUAGCUUGCUCUGUAAAAGAACAGGGAAGAUAUAGUAGAUAGAAUAACAAAUGGAUUUCAUUCUAAUAUUAAAAUGGUAAUAUUCUGCUGCUUUCAUGAGGGAGAAAAUGAAAAAUCUCCGUUCAUGAGUGACCCAUUAUUGAAUAAGUGAUGCUUUCUGUUUAGGAAGACAUCAAGUAAAAAAAUAAUAUAGGAAUGUAAUUUGCCAACUUUAUUCAAAUGAUAAAUAUUUUGAAUAUAAUUAAAACUUGAAAGUUCUAGAAGCACUACUUUGGAGAAGCUGUUCUGGAAUUCAGGCACAAAGAUACUUUUAUAUGUGUAUAUUUUUAUGAAAUCGGCAUUCCACUUUUGUUUCGUUAGAUGUCAGUUUCUUAACAAUGCUUGGUAUUAAACUUCAGUCUCACUACA